AUGCCGCGCGUCAAAAAUGUGAUGUCAAAGGUCUAUAAAAGUCCUCGACGCCCAUUCGAAAAGGAACGUUUGGACCAGGAACUGAAACUGAUAGGUGAAUUUGGAUUGAGAAAUAAACGUGAAGUAUGGCGUGUCAAAUACACACUGGCCAAGAUUCGUAAAGCUGCUAGGACAUUGCUAACGUUGGAGGAAAAGGAUCCAAAACGUUUAUUCGAAGGCAACGCAUUGCUGCGUCGUUUGGUAAGAAUUGGCGUAUUAAGUGAAGAUCGUAUGAAACUGGAUUACGUUUUGGGUUUAAGAGUUGAAGAUUUCUUAGAGCGUCGUCUUCAGACUCAGGUUUUCAAACUUGGAUUGGCCAAAUCGAUUCAUCAUGCUCGUGUUUUGAUUCGCCAGAAGCAUAUCAGGGUUCGUCGGCAAAUCGUGAACGUGCCCUCGUUUAUCGUUCGUUUGGAUUCGCAAAAGCAUAUUGAUUUCUCACUGAAAUCACCGUUCGGUGGUGGUCGUCCAGGACGUGUGAAGAGACGUAACGCAAAGAAGGGAUCUGGAGAGGGUGAUGGUGGAGAUGGUAGUGACGGUGAUGAGUGAUCGCUAGAUUGGUGUUGAUUUCAUCUGAGUUAUUUUUGUUGAUGUUGCACUAUUACAAAUGAAAAGUUAUUGUUUUUGUUGUUCCAAUUCUAUAAAUAAUGAAAUAAGAA